CUAAACCGCCAUUGAUCUCAGCUCACAUCUCAGACAGGAAUCUGGGACUGUCUGUUUCUCUCUCUCUCUCUCUCUCUCUCUCUCUCUCUCUCUCUCUCAGAGAGCUAGUCAUACACAGUCAGACGUAUCGAUACACAUCAAUGGCUUACUGGAGAAGCCUCUCCACCAGAGCGAGCUUUACAGCUCGACGACGACAGAACCAUCCGUCCAUCACUCACAUUCUCCAAGACGACGACCGCAAGCACGAUUUCGUUUCUGAACAAGCUUCUUCGCCGAAUUUGAAUCAUUUUCUCAGCCAAAAGCGAUUUUUCGGGAACAAUUUGAGCAGAAUAUCUGGUUCUGGCGGUUUUGCUCAAGACAGGAGGAUUUCAAAUGCUCUGCUUUCGUCCGGUUCUGGGUUCGCGUGCUCUCGAUAUAUGUCGACGGCGAUUGGUGGCGGUUCCGAUAAGGUAGAGCUGUUGAGUGAUGUAUCGGGGGUUGUAUCGGACGCGACGAUGGGAGCCGUGGCUUCUCAGGUCUCGGCAAUGAGCGAAAUUGCAAUUGCCACCGCAGAUUCGUGGCUGCCGGUUAAGGCCUUGCAGUACUUGAUUGGUUCUGUGCAUACUUAUACUGGCUUGAACUGGUGGGCUGCCAUAGCAAUAACAACUCUUUUGAUUCGAAUGGCCACGGUUCCAAUUCUAAUUAAUCAACUUAAAGCAAUGUCAAAGCUCGCUCUCAUGAAACCUCAACUGGAGGAAUACAGGCAAGAGAUGCAAGAUAAGGGUAUGGGUCGUGAGGCUGUGGCUGAAUUUCAAAAGAAAACGGGGAAGCUAUAUAAGGAAUAUGGCGUCCAUCCAUUAUCUGCAAUGAAGGGAAUUUUUGUUCAAGCUCCUGUCUUCAUCAGCUUUUUCCUUGCCAUAAGUAACAUGGCAGAGAAAGUGCCAUCCUUUAAAAGUGGUGGCGCCUACUGGUUUCUUGAUCUGACAACUCCAGAUAGCAUGUACAUUUUUCCAGUUUUGGCAGCAUUGACAUUCUUACUAACCGUGGAGUGCAAUCUGCAAGAAGGUAUGGAGGGAAAUCCUGCUGCUGGCACCAUGAAAAAUGUUUCAAGAGGCCUUGCUGUUCUUACAGUUCCAUUUACCAUGAGCUUUCCAAAGGCUGUAUUUUGUUACUGGGUUACAUCCAACUUGUUUUCGCUUGGGUAUGGACUGGUGCUUAAAUAUUCUGGGCUGAAGAAGGCCUUGGGUAUUCCUCAGCUGCCUAGUACUCCUCCAUCACAACGAUCACAACCUGCAUUUUCACUGUUAUCCACACUGAAACAAGUCGCUGCAGUGACUCAGGAUACAACCUCAUCACCCGUUGAACAAUCAAAGGUUCAAGAUGGAAGAACGUCAUCGUCAUCAGUUCUCAGUCAAAGGAUUAAAACUUUAGAGAAACAAGUGAAGGGAAGAAAGAGAAACAAGAAGAGGUAGAGAAUUUAUUGAUUUUUAAAAGUUCAACCGUAGGCAUGACCAUUGAGGAGGAGGUUUCAUUGCUUUACAGUUAUAAUAUAAUAUUCUUUAAAUUGGCGACUCAUUGUUUCACUUAUUGAGAGAUGGUAGGGAUCGAAUGGUUUUAAUGAGUUAGAUUAGAACUAUCAGUGCCUGUAAUUUUUGCUCGGAAAGUUUGAGAAUUUUGUGGAAGUCUUUGAGGUGGUGGUCCCUUGUAUCUUACUCUGCAAGAAUUAACAAAACCCACUUGCAUUGUAAAAUAAAAUAAAGUUACAUAUUUCUUU